GACGCGGCCGCCGCCACCGCCACCGCCGCCGCCACCGCGCGGGAGUCGCUGUCCGCGGAGCCGACAUGCAGGCGGCACGGGGCGGCGCGGGGCGGCCGGGCCGGGCGGGCCGCGGGCCGGAGCGCGAGCGCCAGCGGUCGCCGGACGCCGGAGCCUCGUCCCCCUGCGCCGCCCCGGGCCGAGCAGCCAGAGGGGCCGCCAUGCGCCCCGCGCCGCCCCGCGCCGCGUUCCGCCUGUGGCUGGGCUGCGUCUGCUUCGCGCUGGUGCAGGCGGACAGCCCCUCGGCCCCAGUGAACGUCACCGUCAGACACCUCAAGGCCAACUCAGCGGUGGUGAGCUGGGACGUCUUGGAGGACGAGGUUGUCAUUGGGUUUGCCAUCUCUCAACAGAAGAAAGACGUGCGGAUGCUGCGCUUCAUCCAGGAGGUGAACACCACCACCCGCUCCUGCGCGCUCUGGGACCUGGAGGAGGACACGGAGUACAUUGUACACGUGCAAGCCAUCUCCAUUCAGGGCCAGAGCCCGGCCAGCGAGCCAGUGCUCUUCAAGACGCCGCGUGAGGCAGAGAAGAUGGCCUCUAAGAGCAAAGAUGAGGUGACCAUGAAAGAGAUGGGGAGGAACCAGCAGCUGCGGACGGGAGAGGUGCUGAUCAUCGUGGUGGUCCUGUUCAUGUGGGCCGGUGUCAUCGCCCUCUUCUGCCGCCAGUAUGACAUUAUCAAGGACAACGAGCCCAAUAACAACAAGGAAAAAGCCAAGAGCGCCUCAGAAACCAGCACCCCAGAGCACCAGGGUGGGGGUCUUCUCCGCAGCAAGGUGAGGGCAACACCCGGGGUGUUGGGGUAGGUGGAUGGCCCUGUGCCUCGUGUCCUGGGGAGUCCCUGGAUUGCUCAGGGCUUGGCACAGCUGUGGCUGGCCAGAGCCAGGCUUGGCCACUGCCUGUGUGACACUUGAAAUUGAUUUUUGGAUCCUCUCCCAUUGCAGGAUGCCAGGGGCCAGUGGUGGUU